AGUAACUCACAACAGUAUCCCAAACUUGGCCUAUAUCAUCUUUCUCCAAAAACGACCAAUAUUUCCCUUUUUCUUACCUUUUCUUUCUAAUCCUUCAAUCUUAGUUUCAUCAGCUUACACCCUAUAUUAUCGGGAAUAUUACUAUGGUAACAUGGGUGGAGGUAGUAGUGUUAGUGGUGUUGUUUUUGGCUGCGUCUGGAAGAGGAGCCGUUCGCGAUGAUAUCGUCCUAAAGCACUGUGAUUUAACAAGGUAUCCUGAACGAUGUCGGCAGGUGCUGAUGGGAUUCAACGAGACCAACCUCGUUGUGGAUGAGCGUCGAGAUCAGGCUAACAGUGCUGUCGCUGUGCUGUCGGCUCUCCUUCGCAGAACCAUUUCAGAAACCAACAACUUGCCAUCUUCACACUUCACCGUUCUUGAUUCCGGCUUGGAAAUCAGCCAAGCUCGCCGUGCUCAAGCAGCCUCAGAGUAUUGCAAGGAGCUGACGGGGAUGUCUCUACAAAGGCUGAAUCAGUCGCUGUCGGCUCUCCAGAACUCUCCAACCAAACGCAAACACGACAUCCAGACAUGGCUGAGCUCCGUCCUUACUUUCCACGAAGCCUGCGCAGAUUCCAUCCGCCACCACAGUCUCUCCGCCGCCGACGUGGCAUCUGAUCACAUCUCCGGCAAGAUGAACUACCUCUCCCAGUUAACCAGCAACGCCCUCUCACUCGCCAACCGAAUCACCAGUACGGAUAAAAAAAGCAGGGGACACGUGGCGGGAUUUCCGCAGUGGGUGUCGAUGAAGAACAGGAAGCUGCUGCAGGGUGGCGGCGGCGGCGGCGGUGUUAGGGCGGACGCGGUGGUGGCGAAGGACGGGACGGGGAACUACGAGACGAUCUCGGCGGCCAUAGCGGCGGCUUCGGGGCGGAGCCGGUUCGUGAUAUACGUGAAGGCGGGGAUUUACGAGGAGAAAAUCCGCACCAACAAAGAUGAGAUCACUCUGGUGGGAGAUGGUAAAUAUGCUACUGUUAUUGUCGGCGGCGAUAGUGUCAAUGGCGGCUCCACCAUGCCUGGCUCUGCCACAUUCAGCAAUCACAGGCGACGGAUUCAUCGCAAGAGACAUCGGCUUCCAAAACACGGCGGGGCCCGGCGGAGAACAGGCGGUGGCACUCUACGCCGCAUCCGACCGCUCCGUCUUCUACCGGUGCAGCAUCACCGGCCACCAGGACACCCUCUACGCCCUCGCCCUCCGCCAGUUCUACCGCGAGUGCGACGUCUCCGGCACCAUCGACUUCAUCUUCGGCAACGCCGCCGCCGUCUUCCAGAGCUGCAGCCUCCUCCUCCGCCGGCCCCGGCCGGGGAACUCCGUCGUCGUCUUCGCCAACGGCAGGACGGACCCGGGCCAGACGACCGGGUUCUCGCUCCAGGCCAGCCGGAUCUCGGCCGGGCCGGAUCUGGGCGGGUUCGAGUGCUACUUGGGCCGGCCCUGGAAGCAGUACUCGAGGGCGGUGGUGAUGGAGUCCAGCAUCGACGGCACCGUUUCGUCCAAGGGCUGGGCCGAGUGGCCCGGUCAAGGGUCGUACUCCAAAACGCUCUACUUCGGAGAGUUCUCGAACAGCGGGCCCGGUGCGGGCACCUCGGGCCGGGUCAGGUGGGCCGGAUUUCAUGUGAUGGGCCCUCAGGAAGCUGCCAAAUUUACGGUCGCCAAUUUCAUUGCCGGGAGCUCCUGGUUGCCUUCAACUGGGGUGACUUUCGUUGCGGGACUCUAGUAAAUGCAUAUUUGAUCCAAAGCUAAAAUUGGCGAUAAAUAAUUCAACUAAUGUUCCACGUAAAUAAAUUGACCAUCUAGAUCUCGCUCAAAGAACUACACUACCGCAAGGAGGAGGAGGAAGGUGCAGCAGGGUGCUCUGGAACACAAUAAAUAUUAUGAUCUCCCUCUUAUUUUAAAUCCGAAUUUGAUGUAUGAGAUAGGUACAUAAUUGAUGUACUAUCCACUUUGCUUCAAUUUGUAUAGUUUGUAAAAUCUUUAUAUAACAAAAUUACGGGGAAAACAAAAUCUUUACAUAAUUUAUGUUUUUUUUUAUCUUUGU